AUGCAAUUGGCAUUUUAUUGUAGACUUUCUUGAAAAGUUAGGUCAUUUUUCCUGUGUGUAUCUUUUCUAGCUACCUUCCAAAGAUUGUUCAGGAAAAGAAUUCUUGUCCAUCCUUACAUUUCAGGAAAUUCUUAGUAAAUACUUGUGAGUUGAUAGCUUGCUUAUUGUAAAUUUUCCAGAAUACCUGUUGAUUGCCCUUUAACUAUGGAAGAUAACUAGAAAUUUGAAAACAUAAUGGAAUACCAACUAAUGGAGAUAGGGCAUUAAAAUGGUUGUCUGACAUCGAAAUGAAGAUAACUGUUUCAGAUAUGUUGAGAUAUGGAUCUGGUCCUUAGGUUCUUAGAACUAGAAUGGAAAUGAGGAAGGGAGUCUGCAAGUGUGUGUUGGAGUCAAAGAAAUGGUGUAAAAGUGUACAUAGAGAACAGAGACUUAAGGAACAUCCACAGGAGAAGGAGGAGGGAGAGGAACCAUUGCAGAAGAUGUAAUAAAGAAUGAUAGAAGGAAAUCAAGACACCAUUAUGACUCAGAUGAGAAAUCAGAAACAAGAGAAAAUGGUGUUGGAGAUGACCUGGAUGCUCCCAAGUCCAAAAAAGCUAAAAUGAAAGAGAAACUAAAUGGAGACACUGAAGAGGGAUUUAGUAGACUUUCAGAUGCAUUCUCUAAAUCUCAUAAGUCAAGAAGAAAAGGCCUGCCAAAUGGAGAUAUUGAUGAGUAUGAAAAAAAAUCAAUGCGAGCAUCAUCCUUAGAUAGUUCUCAUAAAUCAAGUGAUAAUAAAUUACAGGAGAUCCUAACACGUGAACAGAAAGAAGGGGACUUCUCCAAUUUCCCUAUUUCUGAAGAGACUAUAAAGCUUCUAAAAGGUCGAGGGGUAACAUAUCUCUUUCCUAUUCAAGUUAAGACCUUUGUUCCUGUGUAUGAAGGAAAAGAUUUAAUUGCUCAAGCACGGACAGGAACAGGAAAGACAUUCUCUUUUGCUAUCCCCUUGAUUGAAAGGCUCCAAAGAAAUCAAGAAAUGGUUAAAAAAAGCCGCUCACCAAAGGUACUUGUUUUGGCUCCAACAAGGGAACUGGCAAACCAGGUAGCCAAAGACUUCAAAGAUAUAACUAGAAAACUCAGCGUGGCUUGUUUUUAUGGUGGGACAUCAUAUCAAAGCCAAAUUAAUCAUAUUCGAAAUGGUAUUGACAUCUUGGUUGGGACUCCUGGUCGAAUCAAAGACCAUCUACAAAGUGGCCGAUUGGAUCUUUCUAAACUACGCCAUGUUGUGCUUGAUGAAGUGGAUCAAAUGUUAGAUUUAGGGUUUGCUGAACAAGUUGAAGAUAUUAUCCACGAAUCCUACAAAACUGAUUCUGAAGACAAUCCUCAAACUUUACUGUUUUCUGCAACUUGCCCACAGUGGGUGUACAAAGUCGCAAAAAAAUAUAUGAAAUCCAGGUAUGAACAGGUUGAUCUUGUUGGAAAAAUGACUCAAAAGGCUGCAACUACUGUGGAACAUUUGGCCAUCCAAUGCCAUUGGUCUCAGAGACCAGCAGUUAUUGGUGAUGUUCUUCAAGUCUACAGUGGAUCUGAAGGGAGGGCUAUUAUUUUCUGUGAGACCAAGAAGAAUGUAACUGAAAUGGCCAUGAAUCCUCACAUAAAACAGAAUGCCCAGUGUUUACAUGGGGACAUUGCACAGUCACAAAGAGAAAUUACAUUGAAAGGCUUCAGAGAAGGCAGUUUUAAAGUUUUGGUGGCAACCAAUGUGGCUGCCCGUGGUUUGGACAUUCCUGAGGUUGACCUGGUGAUCCAAAGUUCUCCUCCACAGGAUGUUGAGUCCUAUAUUCAUCGCUCUGGACGCACAGGUAGAGCUGGUCGGACAGGGAUUUGUGUGUGUUUUUAUCAACCAAGAGAAAGAGGUCAACUAAGAUAUGUGGAACAAAAAGCAGGAAUUACUUUUAAACGUGUAGGUGUUCCUUCUACAAUGGAUUUAGUUAAAUCUAAAAGCAUGGAUGCCAUCAGGUCUCUGGCUUCUGUUUCUUAUGCUGCUGUUGAUUUUUUCCGACCAUCAGCUCAGAGACUGAUAGAAGAGAAAGGGGCAGUGGAUGCAUUGGCUGCAGCAUUAGCACACAUUUCUGGCGCAUCAAGCUUUGAACCACGAUCUUUGAUCACUUCUGAUAAGGGGUUUGUGACCAUGACUUUGGAAAGCCCAGAAGAAAUACAGGAUGUCGGCUGUGCUCGGAAAGAACUUAACAGAAAGCUGAGUAGUAAUGCUGUGUCCCAAAUUACCAGAAUGUGCCUCCUGAAAGGAAAUAUGGGUGUAUGUUUUGAUGUUCCCACAACUGAGUCUGAAAGGUUACAGGCAGAGUGGCAUGAUUCAGACUGGAUACUCUCAGUGCCAGCCAAAUUACCUGAAAUUGAAGAAUAUUAUGAUGGAAACACAUCUUCCAAUUCCAGACAGAGGAGUGGCUGGUCUGGUGGUCGGUCGGGCCGAUCGGGCCGAUCAGGCGGUCGAUCUGGUGGUCGGUCAGGCAGACAGAAUCGACAGGGGAGUCGGUCAGGAAGUCGACAAGAUGGUAGAAGAAGGGGUGGGAAUAGAAAUCGAUCAAGAAGCGGAGGCCACAAACGAAGUUUUGACUGAGUAUUUGAUAGUUAACCUACCAGUGUGGGCUUGCCUAUUUCUGCCUAAUCAUGUACAUUAUCCACCAAAAAUUAGGUCAUCAUAGUUGAGGUAUGUGUCUGCUAUUUGCAAAGAAGUUGGUCGUAUUUUUUUAAAAAGUAUUUCACAAGAAUGGUUUUAAACAAAUCUACUUAUCCAGUUAUACCUUUGAAUAAAAAAAAACCCUCCUUUUAUUGUCUCUUUUUACUAUGUGUUAAUAAUUAUCUCAGUGUUAUCCUCUUCUUCUAAAACUUGGCAGUCAAGUUAUUCUUAAGGUUAUUUGCAUUCAAAUGUAUACUUGUAUUCAGAUCAUUCUUUCCAUAACUUAUGUGAUAAAAAAUAAACCUCUUUCACGUUAA